AUGUGCUACUCUAUUCUGGAAUGCCUCCUAGGGAAGCUGCAGUCACAGCUGGCAGCUCUCAAUGAUAAUAUGGGCCAGUCCUGCUUAAAACCAAACAGACGUAGACAUUUUAAAGCUUGUCCUUGCUGGGUGUCCAUCACAUUCAGAUAUCACUCUACAUAUCAAUCAGGUGUCAUGGUAAUACGUUUCUUGUCUCAACAUACUCCACUAGUGGACUCCAAAGACCAACUUCCCUUUAGUGUUCAGUGGGUAGAUUCCAAAGGCCAACCUCCCUUUAGUAUUCAGCAGGGUCAAUACCCCACUUUAGAAAUGGGAAGUCAGACCUAUGAGAUGCAGCUAACUCCCAGGACAACUGUGGUGCUUCAAAAACUCAGGGUUAGGCAGGAUGAAUAUUCUUGUUCAAAAAAAGGUAACAAAGACAGUGGUUGUCAUGGCAGAAUACACUUGCAUAGUAUACCUGUAUGCUUCUCAAGUCGGGCGCCAGCCCUCCCAGCCCCACACUGGGCUGUGCUCUCCUGCAAUGCAUUAGGAAUACUCCCCACAGCGCGCUGA